UGUGUCACCGAAGGCUCCCUGAGGAACAGAGUUAGAAGUCGAAACUUUUUUUUUUAACACAACUGUGCACUUAAAAAACAUUGUGACUUUAAACAUAAGGUUGCAAUGAGCGCACGAACAAACGGAGUGCGCGUUUUUGUGCGCACAAGGCCAACUAACAAUUUUGCACAGGAGUUCAUUGAAUACUUGCCGGACAAAAAGACUGUUAACUUCCAUGCAAGAAAGGACACAAGCAGAGGAAUAAUCAACAAUCAGCAAUCUGACUGGACAUUUAAAAUUGACGGAGUUCUCCAUGAUGUUUCCCAAGAAGAAGUUUAUGAUGAAGUAGCAAGAAAUGUGGUUUUAAAAGCUUUGGAUGGCUAUAAUGGCACAAUAAUGUGUUAUGGGCAAACAGGAGCUGGUAAAACAUACACAAUGACAGGAGCCACAGAAACGUACAAGCAAAGGGGCAUCAUACCUAGGGCUAUACAACAGGUUUUCAAAGAAAUAGAGAACAGAUCUGAGCAAGAGAUAACAGUUCGUAUCUCCUUCUUAGAAAUCUAUAAUGAGAGCCUGAGCGACCUGCUGGCCACAGUGUCAGCGUACCAGCCUGUAGACUCUCAGAUGACCAUAGUAGAUGAGAAGAACUGUAUUUAUGUGAGGGGUCUGUCAGUGCAUCGGGCCAACAAUGAGGAAGAAGCCUUCAGUCUGCUAUUUGAGGGAGAAACCAAUCGAGUUAUCUCAUCCCAUUCCCUCAACAGAUACUCAUCCCGGUCACACUGCAUUUUUACUAUUCACAUAGAGUCAAGAUCUCGAACCCUCUCAGAUCCCAGAUAUGUCACCUCAAAACUAAACCUAGUAGAUUUAGCCGGCUCUGAAAGGCUGGGCAAAACCAGGUCAGAGGGUCAGGUCCUGAAAGAGGCAAUGUACAUCAACAAAUCUCUGACAUUUCUGGAACAAGCUAUUCUAGCCCUGGCUGAUCGCAAGCGAGACCAUGUUCCCUUCCGACAGAGCAAGCUUACUCAUGUGUUAAAAGAUUCACUAGGAGGUAACUGCAACACAAUCUUGGUGGCUAAUAUCUAUGGCGAUGUGGAGCAUAUGGAGGAAACACUGUCCACUCUGCGUUUUGCAACUAGAAUGAAAUGUAUCCGUACAGAUCCAGCUGUGAAUGAGCAUUAUGAUCCUGUGCUCCAGGUGAAGAAGCUUGAAAAAGACAUCCUGUUGUUAAAGCGGGAACUGACCAUGCAUGACACUCUGAAUAACCGCAGCCAAGUGCCAUAUGAAGCCUUGAGUGAGAGCCAGAUAGCUGAAAUUAACAAACAGGUCCACAAAUACCUGGAGGGAGCUAUUGAUGAGAUCGAGAUUAUUAAUAUACGACAAAUUCAGGAGGUGUUUGCUCAGUUUAAGGCGGUUUUACUCCUUCACGAGCAAGAGGUUGAAGCCAGGCUGCUCCAGAAGUACGGCACCGCAGACCGCAUCGAUAGCGGAGUAACUGAAGGGGCUAUGAAGAUUGGACCAGCAGUAGACACCACUGGAGAACUGGAUGGGCAAGGUUUUGGAGUUGGACUUGCACCCUCUUCAGCUAGACUUUUAAAUUCCAAUCUUUCAUCUGCCAGGAAGAUCAAAGUGAAGAAAACUAAAGACCAUCUUAGCCCAAGCAGAAGGGAUGAGACUGGCAGUCUACUAGCAGGGAAGGACUUGGAAUCAAUCCCUCCAUCCAAGAUAAGUUACCAGCUGCCAUCAACAAAAGAAACUGUAGCCGGAGAACAGGAAGUGAAAAGCAUGGUGUCACACAGGCCAGAUUCCACUGGCAAAGAGGAGCCAAGUCUCCCCAGCUCCUUCCCAUCUAAAGUUGAUGCCUUUGAGGAUUUUAAGUUGGAUUCUGGGAGUGAGAUUAACCGUAUCUUCGAGCAGAAUAAAGCCAUUUUACUGGAAAAGAGGAGAAAAGUUAGACAGCUUGUUGAAGAAAUUAACAUCUUUAAAAAGGAAAUUGACAACACCAAGCUGGCCUUACAAGUUAAGGAGCAGGAACGUGAGCAACAGGGGCAAUAUAUAAAUGAAGAAGGUGAUACCAUAAUUGAUGAAGAGGAGUUUCAACUCAUCUUGAAGUUGAAGGAUUUGAAGGCCUCCUACCGUACUCAUUAUGACCAGCUGUUCAGCCUCCGAACUGAGGUUCAGUACUGUCAGCACCUAGUAGAUCAGUGUCGGAUUCGACUGCUUUCAGAAUUUGACAGCUGGUAUAAUGAAACAUUCCUAAUCCCAGAGGACAUCCAGAGAGCUGUGAAAACGUGUGGCCCCCUCAGGCCAGGAAUGCUGCCCAUCAACAGAAUACUGGCUUUGGAUGAGGAUGACCAGGAGAGAUCAGAGCGAUACCAUCAAGAGUUGUUCAGUGACAGUCCUGGAUCUCUAGCGUUUCAUUCUGCUCGUAUGAGAAAUCAGCAGAAGCAGUACUACAGGAAUGCCACGGCUCAGGCACAGCCCCAAAGGAAAAAAGCUGGAACUGUCAUCCCGUAUAUCAAGAACAAACCUCCGUCAUUUUUAACAGCCAAUUAAAACAAAGUUGUUGCUUUGUAUUUUACUCCAGUCUACACGUUUAGAUUUUGUUUUAAACAGGGGAACAUUUUAAUUGCAUGAAUUAACAUUUCGUAUUAAAUACUAUAUUACUAAGAAAAGGGGGAUUUAUUUUAUUGUCAUACAUAAUUAAAAAAUGUAACCAUCUCCAACACUGACAAGCAAGCAAAGUAUUGGUUAUGGAAGACUGACAAACCUGGCUAUCUGAAGAAGCUCAAAGCAUGGCUUUAUCAACAUGGACUGCUGCCUAGAAUGACUUGGCCAAUGACAGUGUACAGUGGUAGGACUGGAGAAGACGAUCAACAGGCACCAGUCCCUCCAAGCUUCACAUUUAUUGGCCGGAGCUUAAGAUCUGUGGGAUGCUGGUGUUGCUCUAAGCCAUUAUUUACGACAAACACUUCCAACAGUGGGGAACAUCCAGCACAAGAGAAAAGAGGGCAGUUAUGCAAGAUGAGGUGAGGAGCAUUGAGGAAGAGCAACAAGCCACCAAGUAAGGGCUGCAAUGAGCCUGGACAACAAUAAUAAUACAUUUAUAUAGUACCUUUACCAUACUGAAGGUGCUUGAGGAUCUCAUGGGCUGACCUAUGGAGGAUGGAACCAUCUUGUAUAUCAUUCUUCUUGUAGGUUGUGAACAAUACCCUCCCAACCCCAGGGAAUCUGCACGGGUGGGGUUGAAGGGAGGAUCCACUAUGCAAACUGUGUUUUGUGAGGGGGUGGAAGUAUGGCUCUCAUUCUCUCCGGUUGUUUGGAGAGUACUAAUGCAGAGGAGAGAGGGGCGACGCCAAGACAAAGUCUUGCCAGGCCUUACAGACAUUUUGGAGAGGGAAAGAAGGAAGAACAACCAACCCAAUUCCAAAACAUUAAGCAC